AUGUUUGAAGAACCAAAAGCAGUAGAGGAGUCUGAAGAGUUUUGUAUGUAUGUCUCCGCUGGUGAUGUAGCUGGUGUGCUGCAAUACGAUGAAUGUGAUUGUGGUCUCAUGCCUAAAACUGCUCAAGAAUGGGAAACAAUUGCUAAUGGUUUCAGUGUUGUUUGGAAUUUUCCAAAAUGUGUACGCGUCAUGGAUGGCAAGCAUAUUGCAAUACAAGCACCAAAAAACAGUGGAAGUGAUUUCUUCAAUUACAAAUCGUUUUUUAGCAUCGUUCUGUUCGGCGUAAUGGAUGCUAAUUACCGAUUUUUGUAUGUUCAUGUAGGCUCCCAAGGGAGAAUAUCUGAUGGAGGAGUUGUCGAAAAUACAUUAUUCAAAAAACUAUUAACUCGCUGGAAACUCAACCUUCCAGAAUAUAGCGCUUUACCAGGACGUGAGAAAUUAGUCCCAAACCGAGCCGCCAGAACUAGUUCGUUCUAUGCUAUCGAGCCUCUUAUCUUUGCGGCUAGACUUGAUGGUGCCGUCACAAGGCCCAGACAGAAUGGCCAGUUUAGCAUUCUGAUCUUUAUGUCGCGAUAUGCUUUUUCUGAAAGGCAUGAGAUUGUAGGGUUGAACGCUCGUGCUAUGCCUACUGUUGGUAGAGCAAAUCUAAGCUUAUUUAAAAUCUGCGGAUCUAUAGGUUCCUCUAAGACAUCGUCCUUGGUUGUCGCUGCUAUUCUCCAUUCCUUCCAUCCUGCAGGGAGAUGUUUCACAGCCAGAGCUUUGAUCCUAUCUAGGAUGAUGUUAUCACUCGUUGAUUCUGCCUGUUUGUCGAACAAAUCCCGGAGUGUAGUCACAGCUACUGGUGAUACCAUCUGCAAGGUAAAAGCUUCGUAUUAA